UACGCGGAAGCCACAGGCGGAAGAGCUUCGACGGAAGCGGUCUGGUCUGUCAAGGGAGGAAAAUUUAGCAGGAUUUGAUACAAAGAGGUUCAUUCCACCAAAUUGCACCACUCUUUCCCCCUCUUCCUCGACUUCGGCGUCCGCUGCGAUGAUCCUGUUAGAAAUCAAUAACCGCAUCAUAGAAGAGACGCUGACGCUUAAGUUCGACGGCGCAUCCAACGGAACCAAACCAGAAGCUGUCGAUGUGACAUUUGCAGAUUUCGAUGGCGUCUUGUACCACAUCUCCAACCCUAACGGGGACAAGACCAAAGUGAUGGUUAGCAUCUCCCUGAAGUUCUACAAGGAGCUGCAGGAGCAUGGAGCUGAUGAGCUACUGAAGAGGGUCUAUGGGAAUUUCCUGGUUUCACCAGAGUCUGGCUACAACGUGUCCCUCCUCUAUGACCUGGAUGCUCUACCAACCAAUAAAGAUGAGGUUGUCCACCAGGCAGGGAUGCUUAAGAGGAACUGCUUCGCCUCAGUGUUUGAAAAGUACUUCAAGUUCCAGGAAGAGGGAAAAGAGGGCGAGAAGAGGGCUGUGGUUCACUACAGAGAUGAUGAGUCGAUGUAUUUAGAGGCCAAGAAAGACAGAGUGACAGUGGUCUUCAGCACAGUGUUCAAAGACGACGAUGAUGUCAUCAUUGGCAAAGUCUUCAUGCAGGAGUUUAAAGAGGGUCGGAGAGCCAGUCACACAGCUCCCCAGGUGCUCUUCAGCCACAGGGAGCCUCCUCUGGAGCUGAAGGACACAGAUGCUGCUGUCGGAGACAACAUUGGAUACAUCACCUUUGUCCUGUUCCCACGUCACACCAAUGCCAAUGCCAGAGACAACACCAUCAACCUCAUCCACACCUUCAGGGACUACCUGCACUAUCACAUAAAGUGCUCAAAGGCUUACAUUCAUACGCGUAUGAGGGCCAAGACGUCAGAUUUCCUCAAGGUGCUGAACCGCGCCCGACCCGACGCAGAGAAGAAGGAGAUGAAGACCAUUUCUGGAAAGACCUUCUCCCGUUGAGACUGACCUCCACUCGAGAAAUCAAAAUCCCCAGUGGACGCGCCAAAAAGCGCCACAGCGAGACUCAACUCCACAUCGGACAGGACUCCAGGACGCCUUUAAAUGCCCCGCCCAGCCUCCCAAAAGAAUAUGUCCAGUCUCUUCUCUUUUUUUUUUUCUUUUUUAUUAUUAUUUGGAUGAGUAAUAAUGUCGGCUCUACAUAGAGUAAAGGCUUAAGAUAAAUGGAAAAAAGGGCAUUCCUUGCUUUGCAUAGUUAAAGAGAAUUAUUAGUCCUAUAUAAAUAUAUAUAUGAACAAAUUGAAUGAAAUUUUUGAUACGAUAUUUUACUCCAUUUGGUACUCUUGCUUGCCCCUCAGCCCUCACCAUGUAAUAUCCAUUUAUUGGAUGAUUUCAAUCUUCCCCCAUCCCUUCUUUUCGUGCUUUCAUGUUGUCUGUACCAUGGUCAUUUGAAAAAUAAAUCACUCUUUAAAAAAGUG